ACGAGAAUUGUAUACCGUUGGUGUGACGUCACACACAAUCCAACCAGGCUCAUUUAAAACCCGGAUCGUAGACCCUAACGAGAUGAAAUCUGCUCUACAGAAGGCGUUUGACGAAGUGGAGCAAUUUUAUGGACAGCAAUGGUUACAGAAAACAAAAGAUUCCUUCGAUGAGAUACCACAGACUCAAUAUGAGAAUCUUUCCCCAGUAACUACCGCCAUUUACCACGCGCUGUUUUCCGUGAUGCCAAAGAGGCGUUACAGAUGUGGACUUGACUGUAAAUAUUAUUUCUACCCCGUCUCUCUGUUACCGCUAUGGUUUAACACGUGGUACUGGUCAAUGACGCCACCUCCCGAUGCCGUCACUAAACUACAUGAUACAUGAUAUAAUCAUUUGGGAAAAUUGUACAUUAUAUUUUGAAUAUUGAUAAUUUUGAUAAUGAAAUUAACAUAUUUUUUAUAAUAUGUAUUUUGG